AUGACUGUCAGGAAGCAGCAGCGCGUGCGGAGCGGCGAUGGUGACGUCACCGCGGACGGCAGGGAGUCGGUGCUAAACAUGACGGCGCCCCUGGGAGACCCCCUGGGAGACCCCCUGGGAGACCCCCUGGGCGUGGGUGCAGGGACGACCACGCUCCUCCCCUACAUCGAUCCCCGGAGGUCAGGGACGAGAGCGAGCGACCCCGUCAUCAGCUUCCUGAACGCCACGACGGACCUGUGGGGCGAGAACUCGUCGUGCCUCGGCAACGGGUCGCUCGAGUGCGAGAUGGUGCGCAUCAACGCCACGGAGGGCGCCGAGCCGGUGCUACCGCCCUUCGAGCUCUGGCAGACAGUGCUGAUCGCCAUCUGCCUGGCGUGCUGCAUGAUCAUCACCGUGGGUGGAAACUGCCUGGUGCUGCUAUCGUUCAUCGUGGAGCGCGCGAUCCGCCAGCCCUCCAACUACUUCAUCGCCUCCCUCGCCAUGACCGACGUCAUCAUCGGCUCCGUGUCGAUGCCCCUGUACACCGUGUACGUCCUGAUGGGCGAGUGGACGCUGGGCCCCAUCUUGUGCGACCUGUGGCUGUCCGUCGACUACACGGUGUGCCUGGCGUCGCAGUACACGGUCCUGCUCAUCACCAUCGACCGCUUCUGCUCCGUCAAGAUCGCGGCCAAGUACCGCGGCUGGCGCACCCGCACGAAGGUGCUGGUGAUGGUGGCCAUGACGUGGAUCAUCCCGUCGCUGCUGUUCUUCAUCAGCAUCUUCGGCUGGGAGCACUUCGUGGGCUACCGCUCGCUGCAGCCCAACGAGUGCGAGGUGCAGUUCCUGCGCGACCCUGUCUUCAACACGGCGCUUAUCGUCACCUAUUAUUGGGUCACGCUCGUCGUGCUCUUCGUGCUCUACGCCGGCAUCUACAAAACGGCCUACGACAUGCAGAAGAAGUCGGAAGCCAAGCACCGCAAAAUGCAGACGCUGGUGGCCCUCAGCGCCGGCGGCAUGGCGGGCAUGGCGGGCCGCACAGCCGGCCUGGGCAUGAGCAAGACGCAGAGCACGCUGCUCAGCCAGGACAAGCCGCAGCCCGCCCCGCCGCCCGUCGCCAGCACGCAGCAGCAGGCUCCGCAGGGCGGCUCCGGCGUCAGCGACUCCUCCUCGAGUCAGAAGACCUCCUCCAAGACCACAGAAACCACCAGCUUCUCGGAGCGUCGCGGAGAGCCCACGGAGAAGUCGGAACGUUCCAGCAGCCCCGCUUUCGACUCUGACGAGGAGAGCAGCCAGGUGCCCACCGGGAGGCGGUCGGGGCUGCCCAACAGCGCCGUGCCGCGCCUCGAGCCCCCGCCGCAGCAUCGUAAGACGCCGACGGCGGACACCCUGCCCAAGAUCCCCGAACAGAGCGUGCUGGACACGUCGACCACGCUGGAGGGCAGCUCCUCGUCCGACGCGGGCAUUGGAGCGCUGGCCGUCACGCUCACCCGCUCUUUGCCCUUCGCGGCCCACCACCACCACCACCCACAGGCGCCCAGAGGCCCGGCGCCUACGCUGCCGGACGUCGCCCUGCACGAGGCGGGCCUGCAGGGCUCGGGGCUGCUGGACGUGACGCUCGGCGCGGCCACGGCUCCGCUGGCCAAGCGCAUGUCGGGCGACUUCUCCAAGGAGGAGAAGGACGACAACAGCGGUCACUCGGACGAGACGUUGAGCGUGCAGUCGGGCGGGGAGCCGCAGCCGCAGCCGCAGCCCAAGACGCAGCAACCGCUGCACCCGACCUCGCUGCCGCUGAGACCCAUCAACGCCGUGCCCAUCCUGCCGCUGGCCGCCUCCACGCCCACUGACAUGCUGGACGAGCGGGUGAUCGCGCCGCCCGCCAUGUUCGCCGAUGCCAUGAGCGUGAGCAGCAUCUGCACCACGCGGCCGCCGUCGUCGCUCAACUAUGGCCCGAUGGCCUACGACAUCCUCACCGGCCUGGACACGGGCGACCUGCGCUUCAUGGACGAGUCGUCAAUCAUCCUGCCGUCGCCCGUGGUGGAGGACCCGCCCUCGUCCGUGUGGGCGGCCACGCUGCACAGCCCCGGCUCACCCACGGGCCGCUCGCUCACCUCCACGCUCACCACGCCGCACAGCAUCCACCGCAAGAUGAGCCGCAUGCAGUCGCGCUCCGACGAGGAGAUGAGCAUCGAGGAGGCGGACGAGUCGGUCGACGCGGACGACGAGGCCGGCGACAGGGACGAGGACGACGAUGAUGAGGAGGCGUCCGAGCACUCCACCAACGUGCUUGUCACCUCCAUCAUCCACGCCUGCGCUGCCGUGACCAACCUGGCGGGCUCCGAAAAGAUUCCCAGCCCUGUCAGCCCGAAGGAGGAGACGGCGACGGAGACCGCCGCCGCCAGCCCGAGCGCACACAACAGCAUAGCGACGGCGCCCAACAACACCGCCGCGCCCGCGCCCAGCCAGCCGCCGCCGGUCAAGCCGAGAGCGAGCCCGACAGGAGCAGCGGCGACUGCGCCGGCGGGCGCGGCGAGGCCGAGCGUCUCGAGCUCGGGCCCCACCAACCAGCUGAUCGCGACCCACAACGUCAACUCGAACAAGACAGUGACGAGCGUGGCGCGGACCGAAGCCUCGUCGCUGAUCGAGAAGGACCGCGGGACGUCGGUGGCGUCGGAGGCACAGAGCUCCAUCAAGGGCUCUUCCCUGAAGGGCUCGCGCAAGGGCAUCGUCAAGUCCAUCCGGAGCCUGAAGAAGAAGAAGAAGAAGGCCGAGGGCGAGAAGCGGCACCGCUCUAAGUCCGAGAACCGAGCCAACAAAGCGCUGAGAACGAUCUCCAUCAUCCUGGGCGCCUUCGUGGCCUGCUGGACGCCCUACCACAUCCUGGCCAUCGCCGAGAGCUUCUGCCAGUGCACCAACACCCACGUGUACAUGUUCGCCUACUUCCUGUGCUACGCCAACAGCCCCAUCAACCCCUUGUGUUACGCCCUGGCCAACCAGCAGUUCAAGAAGACUUUCAUGCGAAUUCUCAAAGGCGAUUUGCACAUAACGUAACGCAGCCGACCGGUAGACUGUGCCGUUGAUAUUUACUCAAUUAUCUGUGAUAUCUGUAGAGAGAGAGAUCAUAUUCCAGUGCUCAGUGCGGGAUGUACAGCCAUCGGUACAAGUGUACAUUACCUCAGGCGUAGCGUUUACACGGAACAAAAUGUGCACUUCAUCUUAAAUACAGUAUUCAUGUCCGUGACAGUGAUGUGUGCGUACUGGAGAGCAGUGUGUACAUACCCAAGUGCAGUGUAUACAUAUACAUGCAUUUCUGAAUGGUGCAACAUGUAUUCAUGUACAUACUUACACUUCAUGUGCACUUUUUAUCCAACUUGUGCUAUAACCAAUGCUAUCUUGCAUAUUUUUCCAUAGAGUACAUGUGCACAUUACCUAAACGAGACAAGUUACAACUCCGGAUGCCCCCCUCCCUCCCCCCUUCCCUCCUUCCCCCUCUUUCCCCUCGUGGUCAGAAUGCACAAAUUUGUUGAUGUUCGUGCAUUCGAAAACACACCAAAGGCUGCCGUGGAGUGUUCCAAAAGGUGCGCAUAUGUGUGUGUGUGCUGCCGCUGUUUUGUGUACAUAACCAUAGUGUAGGUGUACAUGUGACUGGACAUCAGUGUACAAUUGUACAUGCUGACUUUGUAGCAGUUCUCAAGCAAUCACCUGAAAUGUGUUUAUAAGUGAAACAUUGAACAAAAGUAUUGUAUAAACUUUAAUUGUAGAAAUUACUUAAACAAAAAAAAACAAUAUACAUAUAUACCAGUAUUUUCAUGAAUCGUAGAAAUAAAAUAUAUAAAUAAGUUUCGGAGAAUUUAGCACACUUGACACUUUUCAAGGAGAGAAAGGAAAAUAAGUGGAAAAGUGUAGAAGAAAAAAAGUGUGUAAGCCAAUAUGAUACGAUGAAAAUGGAGAAUAAAAGUGAGAACGAAAACCCAUUAAUUAAAAAAAAACUAUAUAUAUAACAAUUAUAUAUAUAUAGAUAGUUAGACAAACAAAAAGACAGGACUCUUAAGGUACAUCAGGGCAAAACACAGAAUACAAUAUUAUCGUAUAUAAAUAUAUGUGUUGGAUUAACGACGUGAUAAAAUAAAAAUGUUUGAACCCCCCUUAGUCCUACCUUCCUCCCCGCUCCCCCAACCCCCUACCCCCUCCCCCAUUCCUACAUCCCUGUGCUUUGUUUAUUUCAUUUGAUUUUGUUUCGAUUCGCUUCGCUGGAAAAAAAGGCAGAGCUUUUCGUUGGCUGACCUUCAUUGGCUGCCCAGCGCUGGCGCCUCAUCGGGUCAGUGUCAGAGAAACAGAGACAGUU